AUGGCAUCAAAAUCCCAACACCCGGAGUUACCAUACACCUGGAGGCCGUCAGCUCGGGGCCUUCGCCAGCCAAACGACAGCUGUGCUGGUCACAAGACCGUUCGUUUGCAGGCCGACAUCAUUAUCCAUCGAUUGCGCACCCUCUCGAAUCUUCUGGAAGGAACAAAUAGCAGUCCGAACCAAAGCAUUUCAUCGUUAAAUGUCGCACGCGUCAGCCUAAUCCCGUACUUACGGAUAACCAAAGUCUUGCUAGUACAAUGCGUUUGUGGUCACACACCUACAAUGAAGUAUUUCAUUUUGGUCUUGGUUAUCGCCGCCUGCUUUGCAUUCGACAAAGAGUCGAUGCUAAAGCAUAAUAAAAUCGGCAAAGAACCAGUUGGAACGUUUGAAGUUACUUCAACAUGUGACGAAUGCAAGUCGCUAGUGCAUCGAUUCAAUGAAGCCGCUAAGGAUCCUAAAAAGUUGGCCGAGCUGAAGAUGUUGUUAAAUGUUUUAUGUCACGAGACUUCAUAUGUUGACGAGUGCAGAGUGUUUGUGUCGAAAUUGGACGUCAUUGUCAAGAAGCUUGAGCCUUACUUGAAGGAUGAGGAGCGCGUCUGCAAAAAGUUCCACAUGUGCUCCAACUCUCGUUUGGAGGCCUUCCAUCGAAUCGGACUGCUGUACGCUAAGAGAGGAAUGAACAAGGUCGAGGGAUUGAAGGACUUGGUCUGCGAUGAGUGCCAGUUUGCUGCCAAAGAACUGAAGGAACUUGUUGAGGACAAGGAAAGACAGCAAGCAAUUCGUGACUUCUUUUCGCAAAACAUCUGCAAACACAUGUCUCGUUAUCAGGGGAUGUGCGACAUGCUCGUCGAGCAAUUCCUUCCGGAAAUGUUCCAAGAGCUUGACUCGCUGUUACAGGAUCCCAAGAAGGCCUGUGCUGAUAUCGGUUUCUGCCCACGUGUCGGAGCUCCACGCAAAUUGACUCGACCCUAUGCUAAGACAUCGCUCCAUCCUGCCCAUGCCUUCUUUGGAGCUGCUAAGACGAUUGAAACCCCUGCUGGGAGUAUUUUGAUGAGUUGCUUGGAAUGCAAAGUGGCUGCCGAAGGAGCCAUCACUGGACUUGUUGAAGAUAGGUUCAAAAUCUCUGCCAGUAUCCAACAAUUCGCAUGCCACGAACUCCUUCCGUCUAACUUCACUGCAAGUUGUGAUGAUUUCGUCUCGCUGUAUCUCCCUACAGUACUCUACAUGACUUUUGAACAACCUACACCUGAAGGACUGUGUGAAAUGACUAAGUCAUGUGACUCGGCUUCCCUAUCCCGCAUGUCUAAGCUGUCCAAGACACAGAUACGUAACCUGAGUUGCAAAUCGUGCGCUGGUCUUCAGAAAUAUUUCAAGAAUAUGCUCGACCAACCAGUGACAUCCAGAUUCCAACUCUAUGCGAUCCGUGAGCUGAAGAGAUCCGUUUGCGACUAUCUCGGCGACUUUGCAAUUACUUGCGAUCGCUUCAUUGACCACAUCGUCCCUAGACUGUUUGUCCAAUUCUCCGAAAUCAAUAAGACGGUUGAUAUCUGCUCGAAGAUACACCCUGGAUGUUAG